GCUGUAUUCAGAGAUCCCAAAAUAGCACUGAAUUAGCAGUGACAUGCUGACAUUGUCGUGGCACUGAAAGCACAAUGUCUGUAACUCAGAGAAAUGUGGCAUGUCGAAAUUUUGCUAAGGAGCCUCUGAGCCAAUUAAGUGCAAUCUUUCCUACUAUUCCUCAUAUGUCUAACAAGAAGUUUGAAUUUUACUUUCCUCCAAAGUCCUGGAAUUUGAAGUUCUUCAGGAAUGUAAAAGAUAUUUAAAUUUUAAAUACAAAAGAUAUAAAGGAACACAAGAUUUUUGUUGGCAACAUCCGGUUUCCUAUGAAGAGUAACAGCUGGAAUCCAGAGACAUCAGAAUGGAUUGUGGUAUCUUCCUACCUUUUAUGCUGGGAAUUCCUCUCCUAUGGCCUUGUCUUAAGGCAACAGAAAAGUAUAAAACUGAGAAGGUUAAGCAACCAGCGGGAUAUCAUUUGAGAGUGAAACGUGGCUGGGUGUGGAACCAAUUUUUUGUACCAGAGGAAAUGAACACAACUAGGCAUCUCAUUGGACGGCUAAGAUCCGAUUUAGAUAAUGGAAACAACUCCUUCCAGUAUAGACUUUUGGGAGCUGGAGCUGGAAGUAUUUUUGACAUCGACGACAGCACAGGUGACAUAUAUGCCAACCAGAGGCUUGAUAGAGAAGAACAAUCCCUCUACAUUCUGAGAGCCCAAGUAAUAGACAGCACCACUGGAAGGGCUGUGGAACCUGAGUCUGAGUUUGUCAUCAGAGUUUCGGAUAUCAAUGACAAUGAACCAAAAUUCCUAGAUGAACCCUAUGAGGCCAUGGUGCCCGAGAUGUCUCCAGAAGGCACAUUUGUCACUCAGGUGACAGCAAGUGAUGCAGAUGACCCCGCCAGUGGCAAUAAUGCUCGUCUCCUCUAUAGCUUACUGCAAGGGCAGCCAUAUUUUUCUGUUGAACCAACAACAGGAAUCAUAAGAAUAUCUUCUAAAAUGGACAGAGAGCUACAAGAUGAGUACUGGUUAAUUAUUCAAGCCAAAGACAUGAUUGGACAGCAUGGAGCACUGUCUGGAACAGCAAGUGUAUUAAUUAAACUUUCAGAUAUUAAUGACAAUAAGCCUAUAUUUAAAGACAGCUUUUAUCGCCUAACUGUCUCUGAAUCUGCACCCACUGGGACAACUAUAGGAAAAAUUACAGCAUAUGAUAAUGACAUAGGAGAAAAUGCAGAAAUGGAUUACUUUAUUGAAGAUGAUGAUUCGCUAACAUUUGACAUCAUUACCAAUAAUGAAACCCAAGAAGGAAUAGUUAUAUUAAAAAAGGAAGUGGAUUUUGAACAGCAGAGUCAUUAUAACAUUCGUGCCAAAGUUAGAAACCACCAUGUAGAGGAGAAUCUCAGGAAUUACCAUAUGGAAGCUUCCAGCACUUUCAUUAGGGUCCAAGUGGAAGAUCUUGAUGAACCUCCGGUUUUUCUUUUCCCAUAUUAUGCAUUUAAAGUUUUUGAAGGAAACCCGAAUGGAUCAUUCAUAGGCAUAGUAUCUGCCAUAGAUCCAGAUCAAAAGAAAUCGCCUAUCAGAUAUUCUAUUACUAAAGGCAAAGUGUUCAGUGUCUAUGAUGAUGGUACAAUCAUUAACACUGGCGAACUUGACCGGGAGAUCAGUGCAUGGUACAACCUAAGUGUCACAGCCACAGAAAGAGACAAUGUACAACAGAUCUCUUCAGUCCCUGUGUAUGUACAAGUGCUUAACAUUAAUGAUCAUGCUCCUGAGUUCCUGCAAUACUAUGAGACUUACGUUUGUGAAAAUGCAGAGUAUGGUCAGAUAAUCCAGACCAUCAGUGCAAUGGACAGAGAUGAAUCCGUAGAAGAUCACCAUUUUUACUUUAACUUAUCUGUGGAAGACACAAGCAACUCAAGUUUUACAAUCACUGAUAAUCAAAAUGACACAGCUGUAAUUUUGACUAAUAGAACUGGUUUCAGCCUUCAAGAAGACCCUGUCUUUUAUAUAACUAUCUUAAUUGCCGACAAUGGAAUUCCACCACUUACAAGUACAAACACCCUAACGAUAUAUGUUUGUGAUUGUGAUGACAAUGGGAGUGCCCAGACCUGCAGUAAUAAGAACUUAAUCCUUUCCAUGGGAUUCGGGAUAGAAAUCAUUAUUGCAAUUCUGAUCUGCAUUGUGCUAAUAAUUGGAUUUAUAUUUUUGAUGUUGGCGCUAAAACAACGAAGAAAACAGACUCUAUUUCCAGAAAAAAGUGAAGAAUUCAGAGCGAAUAUAUUCAGAUACGAUGAUGAGGGGGGUGGAGAAGAAGACACAGAGGCCUUUGACAUUGUAGAGCUAAGACACAGUGCCACCAAGAGGGAAGGAAAGGCUCGGAAAACCACCAGCUCUGAGAUCCGGAGUCUGUACCGGCAGUCUUUGCAGGUUGGCCCAGACAGUGCGGUGUUCAGGAAAUUCAUUCUUGAGAAGUUGGAGGAAGCCAACACUGAUCCAUGUGCCCCUCCUUUUGACUCACUUCAAACCUAUGCCUUUGAGGGAACGGGGUCAUUAGCUAGUUCCCUGAGUUCCUUAAAUUCAGAAGUCACUGAACAGGAUGAAAUUUUUGAUUAUCUCAAUGACCUGGGACCUCGCUUUAAAAGAUUAGCAUAUAUAUUUGGUUCUUCAGUGCAGUCAAACAAAUAAGGCUUCAGAGCACCAAGGUUGAAAAAGCGUGAAUGAUUAAUGUGUGCUUCGGCAAAAUGGGAGUCUUGCUCUACAGAGCUGUGUGCUUUGGCGGUCUAGAGGUGUAGUCUCCUGCUUUAUAGUUUUCUGAUAAUAUUGGAACAAAUACCCCAAGAUUAUUUCAAGUUACCUCCAUACUGUCUGAACAAAUUGUUGGAAGAUAGGAUAAAAAUGAGAUCUUAGAUUCCAGUGCAAAUCAGUUUGAGUAUGACGCAAAUAUUCCCUCAGAAGUUUUCGAUGGGGCCAGGGAUUUAGCUCAGUGGUUCCGCCUACCUUGCAAGCGCAAGGUCCUGAGUUCAUCCCCGGUACCUAAAAAGACAGAGAAGUAUUCGAUAUUAUCUAAUAAAAAUUCUUGGCAUUUUUGAAGGGCUGAUGUGAGAAAGUCUCUAAAUUAGACCAUUUUAAUAUUAUUUAAUUUAUCCAUAUUUUUAUUCUUACAUUGUAAAAAUAAAGUUUUUUAUGUAGAUUAAAUUGCUGAUACUAUGCAGAGAAAACUUUAGUACCUAGAAGAAUCUGGGUGCUUAUGUAAAAGUGUGAAAAGAAUUAAGUAAUAUGAAUAAGCAGGUUUGUGAAUGAGAUUCUAUGAAUCAUGUUUGUUUGAUAUUUUAAAAUCUUUGCCAAGAUCACUGUUUAAAACAUUUCAAAUUUGUAUAGAUAUUUGGAAUAUAUGAAUUAACUAGAAUUAUAUACUAUAAAUUUGUAUUGUUUUGAUAUAUACCUUUGUAUAAAAGAGAGAAGAAAAUAUGCUCAUGAGUUUUUCAUAGAUUAUGUACUUAUGCAACCCAAAAUACACGUUUUACAUGUCAACAUACAGGGCUGGGGAUUUAGCUCAGUGGUUCCUCUGCCUGCCUAGCAAGCACAAGGUCCUGCAUUAGAUCACUGGUACAAAAAAAUAAUAAUAAUAAAAAACUAAACCUGCAUGUCAACAUACAAUGAAAAGUUACAUGUUAGCAUUUACACAUUAUUAAAUUAAAUUUUAUAAAAUUGGUGAAAAGUGUAAAAAUGUCAAAGUUUAUAUUUCUUCCAAAAUUGGAUAGAUAAAUCAAAGUACUAUUGGAUCCAGAAUUGACAAUAUAAUUAUGAACUGUAAUGACCCAACUUUCAUACGAGGAAACAAUUAUAAUUCUCUGCAUUUUCCUUUCUAUUUAGAGUAUAGGAUAUAAUUUAUGAUGCAUCAAUAAUAUUUGUUUUUUAGUAUCACAUAUAAAAUUAGGUACAGUAGUUGUUUUCAUUGUAGUAGUUUGAAAGAAGCAAAUGCUUAGUGAUGGGACAUAAGCUUUUGAUAACAUUAAAAUAUAAGAUAACAAAAUGCCUUAAUUUUAAUUGACAUUUUAAUAGUAAUUCUAUUAAGAUUAAGAUGGACUUCAAAAGAAAGAGCCGAACAGGUAAUAAAACAAUGAAAACAAUGUUCCUCAAAUUGUUUUAUAUGACCAUUUUUAUUAAUGGCAAUGAGACUAAACUGAAUCAAACCGGCCAUGCAUAUUUCAAUCAAAUAUUUCAAGCAAUAUUGAGCUGUGGUUUGUCAGUUGAAUGAUUUCAAAUUUAAAUGUUCUUACUAUAUAAUAAAGUUUUACAUCAAUAUGAACUGUGAAUGAUAGUGUUGGUAAAACAGACCUUUUCGCUUUAUAAAAUUUGAGAAACUCAGAUUUGUAAUUCAACAAUUUAGGAAGACAUUAUAAAUAGGAAGAUAUACACUGUAGUAAAUUCUUAUGCAUUAAUAUCAUUGUGUACUUGGGAAAAGGUUAAAAUACUGAAAAAAGUCUUAAAAAGAAAAAACUUAUAAGUAAUAUAAGAGAUUUGAGGUUGAGGAAAAGUUUAUAUUUCUAUUAAAUUGUUUUAAAAUCCAAGAACAUAGAGAAAU